CAACAAUGUCGUACCUAAUUGUAUUAGCCUUAGUUUCAUGUUUAACUGCAAUUUUUUAUUUGUCUUCUUGGUUCUACAAUCACGUCAGGGUUCGAUUAUAUUGCAAAAAAGUGCCAGGACCAAAAGGAUACAACUACCCUGUGGGACAUUUUUUCGAAUUUAUGCAUACAGAUGAACGAUUGUUUAUGCAGUUAAGGAAAUGGGCUUUGGAUUAUUAUCCAAUUUAUAGGCUUCAACCUGGCCCUGGCCUGGCAAUAAAUCUUAUUGGGCCUGAUGACAUUGAACAAAUUGUAUCAACAACUCAACAUUCAACAAAAAGCGACAUUUAUCGAAUUUUGUCUCGAUGGCUGGGUACUGGUCUAUUAACUGCAACUGGACUAAAAUGGCAACAAAGGCGGAAAAUUCUUACUCCAGCUUUUCAUUUUAGUAUUUUACAAAAAUUUAUUCACGUUUUUAACGAUGAAACUGAUAAUUUAGUUCAAAACUAUUUAAAAUUAUGUGAAAACAAGCAAGAACUAAGUAUCGACGUAGUGUCUUCAAUCACCCAAUUUACUUUAUAUACGAUCAAUGAAACAUCAAUGGGUACAAAACUAACGGUCCAAAAUAAAGAAGAUGAAGACUAUAAAACAACAAUAUAUUCAUUGGGAACGCUUCUAAUAGCAAGGCUAUUUAAACCAUGGUUGUGGAGGGAUUGGUUUUAUUACUACUGCACUAUUGACGGCUACCAAGAAAAAAAAUUAUUACAAAAACUACACAAUUUUACCAAUAAGGUUAUACAAAACAAAUCGAAGAAUUUUGUGCCUUUUAAAGUUGAAGACGAUAACAGUUAUUCCAAAAGGAAAAAUAUGGCUCUUCUCGAUAUUUUGUUGAACGAAAAGUUUACUAAUGGUUCUAUCGAUGAUGAGGGUAUUAGAGAAGAAGUAGAUACUUUUAUGUUUGAGGGUCACGAUACAACAUCUAUGGGAAUAAGCUUGGGACUAAUGGUCCUGGCCAAUCACCCGGAUGCACAGGAUUUGAUUUAUGAAGAAAUGAAACAAAUUCUGGGUGACACAUCUCGUCCAAACUACGACCAGCUGAUGAAACUAAAGUACAUGGAAAGAUGCAUAAAAGAGAUUCAAAGGCUUUAUCCAAGCGUGCCAUUUAUAUCGCGCGUUUUAUCAGAGGACGUAGUUACAAAAUCUGGUUACAUGUUACCGAAAGAGACAAUAGUCAAUAUCCACAUCUUUGAUUUGCACAGGCACCCUGAUCAUUACGAAGACCCCGAUGUGUUUAAUCCUGAUAGGUUUUUGCCUGAGAAUACAAAACACAGGCAUCCCUUUGCCUUUUUACCUUUCAGUGCAGGACCCAGAAAUUGCAUUGGUCAGCGAUUUGCAAUUUUGGAAUAUAAAGCAGUUUUAUGUGGAAUUUUAAAACAUUUUAAAUUGGAGGCGAUAGAUACUCCUGCUAGCGUAAUAUUUAUUCCUGAUGUAGUUUUAAGACCCAAACACGGAGUGAGAGUUAAAUUUGUAAAAAGAGUUUAAUUUUAAAUGCUGAAUUUUGAAUAAAAAUACAUAAGAAAAACAGAUAUAAAGAUAAUAUUUUUAAUGAAUAAAAC